CUAGGUUCCCUUAGUCACCCCGUGGGCACCGUCAGGCUCACAUGAGAAUGGAGCUGGUGGCUGCAUCUUCAGUGACGAUUUUCUGAAUGGUCUUGCUUCUUUUUCUAUCCUGUCUGAUUUUCUCCUGCCUGACCUUUUCAUGGUUAAAAGUCUGGGGAAAAAUGACAGACUCCAAGCCAAUCACCAAGCGAAAAUCAGGAGCAAGCCUCAUCCCAAGCCAGGAGUCCCUUCCAGGCUCCAACGGCACAGGGGAGCCUGUGCAGAACAAUGGCGACAGCUCUCUGCCAAAGACUCCUGACCAGGCCAAACCAGCCUCCCACAAAGGUCCCAAAGAUACCUGUCGGCAGAGGAACUCCCAACUGCCCUCACACCAGAAGCCCCCAAGGACCCCCCUUUCUUCCAAUGAUGCAUCACUCACCCCAGAGCUCCAAGCCAAUGGGACAGAGAGUGAAGACCCAGAGACCCCAGAUACCGAUGGCCUGUCCUCCCAAGCCAGGCUCCAGGGCCCACGAGCCAUACCGCCCUCCAAGGAAGACAAGAAGCAGGAGCAUAUCAAGAGGCAGCUGAUGACCAACUUCAUCCUGGGUUCUUUCGACGACAACUCCUCUGACGAGGAACCUGGUGCCAGCUCCUCUCGUGAGACUUCCCGGAAGGGCAGCCGGGCCAGCCUGGGUGCCCUGUCUCCAGAGGCUGCUGUGACCACAGGCGAGCCCGAGACUCAUGUCCCCACGAUAAGACCAAGCAUGUCGGGACUCCACCUGGUGAAGCGGGGACGCGAACACAAGAAGCUGGACCUGCACAGAGACUUUACUGUGGCCUCCCCUGCCGAGUUUGUCACUCGCUUUGGGGGGGACCGGGUCAUUGAAAAGGUGCUUAUCGCCAACAACGGCAUCGCUGCCGUGAAGUGCAUGCGCUCUAUCCGCAGGUGGGCCUAUGAAAUGUUCCGCAAUGAGCGGGCCAUCCGCUUCGUAGUCAUGGUGACUCCCGAGGACCUCAAGGCCAAUGCAGAGUACAUCAAGAUGGCAGAUCAGUAUGUCCCUGUCCCUGGAGGGCCUAAUAACAACAACUAUGCCAACGUGGAGCUGAUUGUGGACAUUGCCAAGAGGAUCCCUGUGCAGGCGGUGUGGGCUGGCUGGGGCCAUGCUUCUGAAAACCCCAAACUUCCGGAACUGCUGUGCAAGCAUGGAAUUGCUUUCUUAGGCCCUCCCAGUGAGGCCAUGUGGGCCCUCGGAGAUAAGAUCGCCUCCACCAUCGUGGCCCAGACCCUGCAGAUUCCAACCCUGCCCUGGAGUGGAAGCGGUCUGACAGUGGAGUGGACGGAAGAUGACCUGCUGCAGGGGGAAAGGAUCAGCGUCCCAGAAAGCAUUUACGACCAGGGUUGUGUGAAAGACGUGGAUGAGGGAUUGGAGGUGGCAGAAAAAAUCGGUUUUCCAUUGAUGAUCAAAGCUUCUGAGGGCGGCGGAGGGAAAGGAAUCAGGAAGGCCGAGAGUGCCGAGGACUUCCCCAUCCUUUUCAGACAAGUGCAGAGCGAGAUCCCAGGUUCGCCUGUUUUUCUCAUGAAGUUGGCCCAACACGCUCGCCACCUGGAAGUCCAGAUCCUCGCCGACCAGUAUGGGAAUGCGGUGUCUCUGUUUGGGCGAGACUGCUCCAUCCAGAGGCGACACCAGAAGAUCAUUGAGGAGGCACCAGCCACAAUUGCCAUGCCGGCUGUGUUCGAGUUCAUGGAGCAGUGUGCAGUCCGCCUGGCCAAGACUGUGGGCUACGUAAGCGCAGGGACAGUUGAGUACCUCUACAGCCAGGAUGGCAGCUUCCACUUCUUGGAGCUGAAUCCUCGCUUGCAGGUGGAACAUCCCUGCACAGAAAUGAUCGCUGACGUCAACCUGCCGGCUGCCCAGCUACAGAUUGCCAUGGGCGUGCCACUGCACCGGCUGAAGGAUAUCCGGCUUCUGUACGGAGAGUCGCCCUGGGGACUGGUGCCCAUUUCUUUUGAAACCCCUUCGAACACUCCCCUGGCCCGAGGCCACGUCAUCGCAGCAAGAAUCACCAGUGAAAAUCCAGAUGAGGGGUUUAAGCCGAGCUCCGGUACUGUCCAGGAACUGAAUUUCCGUAGCAGCAAGAACGUGUGGGGUUACUUCAGCGUGGCUGCUGCCGGGGGCUUACAUGAGUUCGCCGAUUCCCAGUUUGGACACUGCUUCUCCUGGGGAGAAAACCGGGAAGAGGCCAUCUCGAACAUGGUGGUAGCUUUGAAGGAGCUGUCCAUCCGGGGUGACUUCCGGACUACUGUGGAGUACCUCAUUAACCUCCUGGAGACUGAGAACUUCCAGAGCAACGACAUCGACACGGGGUGGCUGGACCACCUCAUCGCUGAGAAAGUGCAGGCUGAGAAGCCGGACAUCAUGCUUGGGGUGGUGUGUGGGGCCUUGAACGUGGCCGACGCGAUGUUCAGAACCUGCAUGACGGAUUUCUUACACUCCCUGGAAAGGGGCCAGGUCCUCCCGGCAGCUUCUCUGCUGAACAUUGUGGACGUGGAGUUGAUUUAUGGAGGUGUCAAGUACAUUCUCAAGGUGGCCCGGCAGUCUCUGACCAUGUUCGUUCUCAUCAUGAACGGCUGUCACAUCGAGAUCGAUGCUCACCGGCUGAACGACGGCGGGUUGCUGCUGUCCUACAAUGGCAACAGCUACACCACCUACAUGAAGGAAGAGGUCGACAGUUACCGAAUUACCAUUGGCAACAAGACGUGUGUGUUCGAGAAGGAGAAUGAUCCCACGGUCCUGAGGUCCCCCUCGGCGGGGAAGCUGAUGCAGUACACGGUGGAGGAUGGGGGCCAUGUCGAGGCCGGGAGCAGCUAUGCUGAGAUAGAGGUGAUGAAGAUGAUCAUGACCUUGAAUGUGCAGGAGAGCGGCCAGGUGAAGUACAUCAAGCGGCCAGGGGCUGUGCUGGAAGCAGGCUGUGUGGUGGCCAGGCUGGAGCUGGAUGAUCCCUCGAAAGUGCACCCGGCCAAGCCGUUCACAGGAGAGCUUCCUUCCCAGCAAACUCUUCCCAUCCUCGGAGAGAAGCUGCACCAGGUUUUCCACAAUGUCUUGGAAAACCUGACCAACGUCAUGAGUGGCUACUGUCUGCCAGAGCCUUUUUUCAGCAUGAAGCUGAAGGAGUGGGUGCAGAAGCUCCUGAUGACCCUCCGGCACCCGUCGCUACCUCUGCUAGAGCUGCAGGAGAUCAUGACCAGCGUGUCAGGACGCAUCCCCGCCCCGGUGGAGAAGUCGGUCCGCAGGGUGAUGGCCCAGUAUGCCAGCAACAUCACCUCCGUGCUGUGCCAGUUUCCCAGCCAGCAGAUUGCCACCAUCCUGGACUGCCAUGCAGCCACCCUGCAGCGGAAGACCGACCGAGAGGUCUUCUUCAUGAACACCCAGAGCAUCGUGCAGUUGGUCCAGAGAUACCGGAGUGGGACCCGUGGCUACAUGAAAGCGGUGGUGUUGGAGCUCCUGCGAAGAUAUUUGCACGUCGAGCACUAUUUCCAACAAGCCCACUACGACAAGUGUGUGAUAAACCUGCGGGAGCAGUUUAAGCCAGACAUGUCCCAGGUGCUCGACUGCAUCUUUUCCCACGCGCAAGUGGCUAAGAAAAACCAGCUGGUGAUCAUGUUGAUUGAUGAGCUCUGUGGCCCAGACCCCUCCCUGUCGGAAGAGCUCACCUCCAUCCUCAAUGAACUCACUCAGCUGAGCAAAAGCGAGCACUGCAAAGUGGCCCUCCGCGCCCGACAGGUCCUGAUUGCCUCCCACCUUCCAUCCUAUGAACUCAGACACAACCAGGUGGAAUCGAUUUUCCUCUCUGCCAUUGACAUGUAUGGCCAUCAGUUCUGCCCAGAAAACCUCAAGAAAUUAAUACUCUCAGAAACAACCAUAUUUGACGUCCUACCCACUUUCUUCUAUCACGCAAACAAAGUCGUGUGCAUGGCUUCCUUGGAGGUGUACGUACGGAGGGGCUACAUUGCCUAUGAGCUAAACAGCUUGCAGCACCGGGAGCUCCCAGACGGCACCUGCGUGGUAGAAUUCCAGUUCAUGCUGCCCUCUUCCCACCCAAACAGGAUGGCCAUGCCCAUCAGCGUCACCAACCCUGAUCUGCUAAGGCACAGCACAGAACUCUUCAUGGACAGUGGCUUCUCUCCACUGUGCCAGCGGAUGGGCGCCAUGGUGGCCUUCAGAAAAUUCGAGGAUUUCACCAGGAACUUCGAUGAAGUCAUCUCCUGCUUCGCCAAUGUGCCCAAGGACACCCCCCUCUUCAGCAAGGCCCGCAACUCCCUGUACUCUGAGGAUGAUUACAAGAGCCUCAGAGAAGAACCCAUUCACAUCUUGAAUGUGGCCAUCCAGUGCUCAGACCAACUGGAGGACGAGGAGCUGGUGCCCAUCUUCCGGACGUUCGUGCAAUCCAAGAAAAAUAUCCUUGUGGAAUAUGGACUCCGAAGAAUCACGUUCUUGAUCGCCCAAGAGAAAGAAUUUCCCAAGUUUUUCACAUUCAGAGCAAGAGAUGAGUUUGCAGAAGAUCGCAUCUACCGUCACCUGGAGCCCGCCCUGGCCUUCCAGCUGGAGCUCAGCCGGAUGCGCAACUUUGACCUGACUGCCGUGCCCUGUGCCAACCACAAGAUGCACUUGUACUUGGGCGCUGCCAAGGUGAAGGAAGGGGCAGAAGUGACAGACCACAGGUUCUUCAUCCGCGCCAUUAUCAGGCACUCGGACCUGGUCACAAAGGAAGCUUCCUUCGAGUACCUGCAGAAUGAGGGCGAGCGGCUGCUUCUGGAGGCCAUGGAUGAGCUGGAGGUGGCGUUCAACAACACCAGUGUGCGCACCGACUGCAACCACAUCUUCCUCAACUUCGUGCCUACCGUCAUCAUGGACCCUCUCAAGAUCGAGGAGUCCGUGCGCUCCAUGGUUAUGCGCUACGGCAGCCGGUUGUGGAAACUCCGCGUGCUACAAGCUGAGGUCAAGAUCAACAUCCGCCAGACCACCACUGGCAGUGCCAUUCCCAUCCGCCUGUUCAUCACCAACGAGUCGGGCUACUACCUGGACAUCAGCCUCUACAAAGAAGUGACUGACCCCAGAUCCGGAAACAUCAUGUUUCACUCCUUCGGCAACAAACAAGGGCCCCAGCAUGGGAUGCUGAUCAACACUCCCUACGUCACCAAGGACCUGCUUCAGGCCAAGAGAUUCCAGGCUCAGUCCUUGGGGACCACCUACGUGUACGACUUCCCGGAAAUGUUCAGGCAGGCCCUCUUUAAACUGUGGGGUUCCCCAGACAAGUACCCCAAAGACAUCCUGACGUACACGGAGCUAGUGUUGGACUCCCAGGGCCAGCUGGUGGAGAUGAACCGACUUCCUGGUGGGAACGAGGUGGGAAUGGUAGCCUUCAAAAUGAGAUUUAAGACUCAGGAGUAUCCAGAAGGACGGGACGUGAUUGUCAUCAGCAACGAUAUCACCUUCCGCAUUGGCUCCUUUGGACCAGGGGAGGACCUUCUGUACCUGCGUGCCUCUGAGAUGGCCCGGGCAGAGGGCAUCCCCAAAAUCUACCUGGCAGCCAACAGUGGGGCCCGCAUUGGCCUGGCUGAGGAGAUCAAACACAUGUUCCACGUGGCUUGGGUAGACCCAGAAGAUCCCCUCAAAGGAUUUAAGUACCUGUACCUGACUCCUCAAGACUACACCAGAAUCAGUUCCCUGAACUCUGUCCACUGUGAGCACAUCGAGGAAGGAGGAGAGUCCAGAUACGUCAUCACAGACAUCAUUGGGAAGGAUGAUGGCCUGGGCGUGGAGAACCUGAGGGGCUCAGGCACAAUUGCUGGGGAGUCCUCCCUGGCUUACGAAGAAAUCGUCACCAUUAGCAUGGUGACCUGCCGAGCCCUUGGAAUCGGGGCCUACUUAGUGAGGCUGGGCCAACGAGUGAUCCAGGUGGAAAACUCCCACAUCAUCCUCACCGGAGCCAGUGCCCUCAACAAGGUCUUGGGAAGAGAGGUUUACACCUCCAACAACCAGCUAGGUGGCGUGCAGAUCAUGCAUUACAACGGUGUCUCCCACAUCACUGUGCCGGACGACUUCGAGGGGGUUUACACCAUCCUGGAGUGGCUGUCCUACAUGCCCAAGGAUAAUCGCAGUCCAGUCCCUAUCAUCACACCCGCUGACCCUAUUGACAGAGAAAUUGAAUUCCUUCCAUCCAGAGCACCCUAUGAUCCUCGGUGGAUGCUUGCAGGAAGGCCUCACCCAGUGCUGAAGGGAACCUGGCAGAGUGGCUUCUUCGACCAGGGAAGUUUCAAGGAAAUCAUGGCACCCUGGGCCCAGACCGUAGUGACGGGACGAGCCAGGCUGGGCGGCAUCCCUGUCGGAGUGAUUGCUGUGGAGACACGGACCAUGGAGGUGGCAGUCCCUGCAGACCCGGCCAAUUUGGACUCUGAGGCCAAGAUUAUCCAGCAGGCCGGCCAGGUGUGGUUCCCAGACUCGGCCUACAAGACGGCCCAGGCCAUCAGGGAUUUCAACCGGGAGAAGCUGCCGCUGAUUAUCUUUGCCAACUGGAGGGGCUUCUCUGGUGGCAUGAAAGACAUGUACGACCAGGUGCUGAAGUUUGGCGCCUACAUCGUGGACGGCCUCAGGCAGUACAAACAGCCCAUCCUCAUCUACAUCCCGCCCUACGCGGAGCUCCGGGGCGGCUCCUGGGUGGUGGUCGACUCUACCAUCAACCCCCUAUACAUGGAAAUGUAUGCAGACAAAGAGAGCAGAGGGGGUGUCCUGGAGCCGGAGGGGACAGUGGAGAUUAAGUUCCGAAAGAAAGAACUGGUAAAGGCCAUGCGGAGGACCGACUCAGCAUACAAGAAGCUCAUGGAACAGCUAGGAGGGGCCCAGCUCACCGAUAAGGACAGGAAGGACCUGGAGAGCCGGGUGAAGGCCCGUGAAGACCUGUUACUCCCCAUCUACCACCAGGUGGCAGUGCAGUUCGCCGACCUCCACGACACACCUGGCAGGAUGCUGGAGAAGGGCGUCAUCUGUGACGUCCUGGAGUGGAAGACAGCUCGCACUUUCCUGUACUGGCGCCUGCGCCGCCUCCUCCUGGAGGACCAGGUCAAGCAGGAGAUCCUGCGGGCUUGUGGGGAGCUCAGCCACGUGCACGUCCAGUCCAUGCUGCGGCGCUGGUUCGUGGAAACGGAAGGAGCCGUCAAGGGCUACCUGUGGGACAACAACCAGGUGGUGGUGCAGUGGCUGGAGCAGCACUGGCAGACGGGGGAGGGCCUGCGCUCCACCAUCCACGAGAACAUCAAGUACCUGAAGCGCGACUCCGUCCUCAAGACCAUCCGGGGCCUGGUUCAGGAAAACCCCGAGGUGGCUGUGGACUGCGUGGUGUACUUGAGCCAGCACAUCAGCCCAUCCGAGCGGGCCCAGGUCAUUCACCUGCUAUCCACCAUGGAGACCCCGGCCUCCACUUGAUGCAGACUCCCCAGCCACUCCCAGGACCACGGACAAGAGACAUCAAGAUGACCCACCAACCACCAGCUCUCGCCAGGACCUUGAGACUCGCUUUUAAAAAAGUAUAAUCAGGCAUUUCUGCAGGGCUGCUGGACCCCAGCUGACCCCUGUUUGAAUAAAAGGCUCAGGAGUGUUCUUUCCAAGCAGAAAUAGACUCCUCUGCGUUAUCAGGAGGUUCCAUUUCUUUCGUCUCUUAAGAUGACAUUUCUGCUACAUCACUGAAUUGAAUUGAACCCACACAUCCUGGUUUUCUUCUCCCUAGUGUUGACAUGUGGGAUCCAGGUGUUCUUGAGGCUCGUUUUAUAUCAGAUAAUGGAAUCUUUAUUUUUUUAUUCCAAGACCAGCAUUUGAUGUCAUAAGCAUCUUAUAUAUUUCAGCAGAGUAAACAGGACAGGAGAAAAAUACAGAGAUGAGACUAGAGGAAACCUAUUUUUGUAACGAUGCUUAUUCAGAUACUGUCUAGCCACCCAGGAAAGGGAUGUGUUGCUUUUUAAUUGAGAGACUAAAAGGACAUUUUUAUCCCCAAGUGGCCCUGACGAAUCACUAGGAGUGUCCUACAGGCAGGCCACACCCAGCUCACCUUAGCAGAAAGGGAAACUGAAGCUAACAGAAGGGCCUGGCCCAGCUCCAGGGUGUUUGGACAGUGCUCGGCCUGCCCUUCCCUACAAGGGGGCAAGAACUAGCCCUCCCCUCCCAGUUCCCCCUGCAGGAUUAGCCACCUACCCCUGGCAUGUUCCCCCCCAUGCCCUGGUUGGGAGUACCGAAGCAGAGGCAAAGUCCUCACCAGACUUACAAUCGCCACCACCCUCCAGCAGGCUCCUCGAGUCUCUGUCACUUUCUCACCUGUUGGCUUGAUGUCUUUGAUGGGAUACAGCUCUGAGAGGCAGAGAUGUUGGUGACCCAGGACUGGACUAUGACAAUCACGCUGGUGUGCUCAGGGAGGACUUUGCAAAGUGCCCACCAGCUCCUGGCUGUCGAGGCUGCAUGGCGUGAGGCCUGCGAGUUCUGGACCCUCCCAUCGUCUCUGUGUGGGGGACUGGUCACUGCCCGCUGCUGCGGUGGGAUGCUUAUCCAAGGAUGCUGAGUCACACCUGGCCAGUUUGGAGACCAACGAGGUUACCCAGGGAAGCCUCUGCAAGCCGGGGAGUUUAAGGAUGUCUGAGUUUUUACAAAGCAGUCUGGCCAUUAGCCAGCGACAGCCCUCCUAAGGAAGACAUGCAGGUCAGAGCAUGCUGGGAGCUGAGGCAUCGCCAUCCUAUCCCAAGGCUGGCAGGACAGGGGUGGGAAAGAACUGAUGCUGCUUUGGGAACUGAAGGUUCUUCUUACAGGAAGACCAUCUUGGUUGUGGAGGGAAAGACAGGCGAGAAAUAGCUGCUACCCAGGGAUGGUGACCAGAACCACUGAUGGGAAAUGUGCACAAUAAACUAAUUUUUGAAGGAA